AAAGGUCAUGCUGGGCUGGAGAAUUUCAGAUACCCAUCUGUGUGCUGUGAUAACUGAAGGAGCCAGAACCUUGCUGUUGAUUCAGUGCUAGAUACAGGCACUCCAGGGUCCCUACUAGAAACAGAUUUGGGCUGAAUGCGACAGAAUGGGUCACAAACAGGGAGUGAUGUGGGCACAUGAAAGGGUUGGUGGGUCAAGGCAGACAGAGCGUGAGAGGCAUAUUCAAAACACCACGGUCGCCUCAGGAUUUUUCCACCUGUCCUGGACUCUUCAGGCCCUAGAGAGCCAGAAAAGAAUUUCAGGGUCUUAUGUGUCUACAUGUAGUUUUGCAAAAGCUCCCUGGACGGUUUCCAUCCACUUCGCCCUCCACCCUGUUAAGAUCCAAGGCUGUGGCGUGGAGCCAGUGUCCCUGGGGGGUUGAGUAACGGGCGAGUGGUCCUUGGGCCUCCUGUGUCAGAAUCGCUGUGUGUAUAAACACAGAUUCCUGGGCCUCCAUACCUACUGACCCACGAAGCUCCCAGGCCAUCUGAUAUGCCAGUCAAGUUCACACAGUCCUUGUUAACAGACCAGCGUAGGAAAGGAUUAUGGAAAGAAGCUAGUGCUAGACAAAGAGAACUUGGGGUAGGGGAAGGUGAAAGAACAGCCAUUCGCCUCUGAGAAGUCUCCCAGCGGGCAGUCAUGAUGGCUGUGGCCCUGAAGAAUAGACACUAGGCAAGACAUGGCCUUGGUAAGGGUCUGGGAGUUCCUGUUGCCAUUAAACCAGGAAACUUGAACUCCUCUGCCCAGUCCUUCUUGGUUAAUGGAUACCUGCUAUUGUUUGGUUAGAUGCCUUCUAUUUCCUCUGGCCAGAAACCUAGCUUUGGAGCAUGUGUUUGCUGUUCUGUGGGGCAGAGGCUUGAAAAGGAGUGAGGAAAGGAAGCCCAGCUUCCUAGGAUGCAGGGAUGAGCUCCCCAGAUAUUUCUCAUUAUCUUCAGCUAAGGUCAGACACCUUCCCUCCUUUUCUCCUCAUUAAGCCAGAAUCACUGUGGAUCCUCGAAGCUGAAAAAGAGCAAAGGGAAGAGAAAUUCCUUAUGUUUGAGCAGCAACCCUAUGCCUAACAUGGCACCAAAUCCCUUGCAGAUACCAAGGCACCUGAUGCUCAUGGAAAGCCCACACACGUAGUUAGCAUCAUGACCCCAUUUUACAGAUGCACAACUAAACUGCAAGGUGCUUGUAGAAUUAAGGACCUCCCUCACCUUUACCUGAUGCAGCUAGCAGUACAUUCUGGGAAUGUGGACAAAUCUUUACUAGAUCUCAGUGGCGAGGUUUGACCUUCAUCCCCUUCCUUCUGCAAGUCAUACCAUGUGUUGGACACUCUUCUAGGCACUAGGCUUAGAGCACUGAACCAACCAAACAAAACACCCCGCCCUCCUGCUUACACUCUACUGGGACAUACAGUGUCUUUUUCUGUGUGACCUUCCUCACCAAGUCCAGCUGGGUAGCAUAAUAGAACAGUUAAGAGAUGAAGGGGCAGGUAAUCCAGAGGGCUCUUAACAGCCCAGGGAGCCCUGAGAGCACUGCUAGUUCUCUGAGAUGCAUGGAGAAGAUGAAGGUGACGACUUGAAGUCAGUGGACAAUCCAUGGUCAACAUAGAUGGAGAGAAUAUUCUAGACGUGGAGUCCACAGAUAUCACCCCAUUAAGACCACCCUUUGAAAGACGGGCAAGCCUCAAGAAUUGCCGACCUCUGAUAGACUUUUAGACUUUUCCAUGAGAACAUUACUUACAAAAAAAGAAGGCCCCAGCAGGUCUCUGGAGCUUCUAGCAACCACUCAGGAAGAGAUAAAUCCCAAGCAUUGAGGGCCGAGGGCAGUCAAACCCAGUAUGCUCUUGGCAAAAUUUUCAUGUUGUCAGCCUUGCUUGCAAUUAUGAUCCCAUCCAAAUUCUGAUUUCCAUUGUCUCUGCACUGCUUCAUUGAGGCUUUUGUUGACAUAAACACACAGUGUUCCCCUCAUUUAACUCCAGACAGGAACCAUGCAGUGGUCUGAGGUCACCUUAUGAAAAGAUGGGGUGGGUGGCAGACCCAUGGUGUGACCCAGUAGGCCCUCCCCACAUCCCUCUUCCUCUUCCUGGAUCCCUGGAAUUUCACUCAAUGACUUGCUCCUCUGGAGUGAGGAUUACUUUCCCUCUCUUGGGUCCACUUUCAAACUACAAUUGACCUGGGAAGCUCUAUGUAGUAAGUCAUAAUCUUUAAGACAAAUGUGUUCGUGAAAACACUUUCUCUCCUCACUGCAAGGGGAGGUUGUCAGUAGGCUUACUACCAGCAGCCCAGUGAAAUAGGGCCACCAAAAUGAGACAGAGUGGAGCAGGGGAAGGGAUCCAGAGAGAAGUCCGGGAGAUCUGUAUUCAAAUCUUGACCGUGUGGCUUGAAGCCAGUUGUAGGACACCUUGGAUCUCCCAUAGGCUCACCUGGGAAUUUGGGGAAAUAGUGUAUAUUUUACAGCUAUUAUUAGGACUUAAUUAGAUAACGUGCAGAAAAGCCUCAUACUCACAAGUUAGUUUCCUCCCUAUAAAUUAUCUCAGAGAACUUAACCUCAUCCAAGGCCACCAAAAAUGUAUAUAUUUUGUAAGUAAAGCUUGAUCCAAAAUAGGAAGGAAUAAGAAGGAAUUUUCCUAUUGCAGAUAAUCCAUUGGACUUUUUGUCUGAAAUUUGAACUUCAAGCAAUCUCAUUUGUGGGUUAGGAACAAAGUAUAAACCAUUAAUGAGCUGCCUGCCCCACUGAGGGGUGUAAAGCUGCAGACUGAGACAAGAAAUGGACCCAGUCGUAAUGAAAAGCAGAAUAACAGUCUACAAAGCGAUGCCUUUCAUUCCCAACAUAGAAUUAGCAUCAACCUGGAAAAGGGAGGAAACAUGGAAAAAUGGCCAGUUGGAUCUGUACCUGGUUUAAUUUUUUUUUUAACUGAAGAAUUAUAAAUUCUCAGAUUGGAGACACCUAACAAAAGUAUCUUGGGUGUCCGUUAUGUGUCAAGCACAAUACCAAUCAAGGGAUAGUGUAAUAGAGAGAUAAAUGUGUGAAUAAAGACGUGCCAUUUGACGUGUUCAAGAUUUCAUGGUCACGGUGCAAAAUAUAGUGGGCAGAUUCGUAGCAGCUUGAUCGACUAAAUGGGUAUUCAGUUACAUUUGACCUCCGAAAGGUACUUCACCUACCACAUGUACACCAGUAAUUCACCAAUCAAUGUUUUACUUACUCUCGAACAUUGAUUAACCCAUUGUUUACCAUUUAUUAGUAACUACUCGUUAUCAUGUUUGUGAUGGAGAACACUAGGGAAGUGUGAUCCUGUCCCAGCAAUAGUGAGGACCAAGCCCGUUGACAAAGAAGGGUUUGACUGGCGCACCUAAGGAAUAUCUGAGAACACUUACUCGUCACUCACCUUUCCAUUUCAACUGCAGACAGCAAUGGGUUGUUUCAAAGCUUCACCGAGCCAUUCCUGGAUUUAUCCCACCGUGAUCCUGUGUUUAUUUGGACUUUUCUCCAUGAUGAGACCCUCAGAACCCUUCUUAGUCCCAUAUUUAUCUGGACCAGAUAAAAACCUGACCAGCUCAGAGAUCACAAAUGAGAUCCUUCCCAUCUGGACAUACUCUUACCUGGCACUGCUGCUCCCAGUGUUCAUCGCCACCGACUACGUCCGCUACAAGCCAGUCAUUAUCCUGCAGGGGAUCAGCUUCGUGGUCACCUGGCUGCUGCUUUUGUUUGGCCAGGGAGUGAGGGCCAUGCAGGUUGUAGAGUUCUUCUAUGGGAUGGUCACCGCCACCGAGGUGGCCUACUAUGCCUACAUUUACAGCGUGGUCAGCCCGGAGCACUACCAGAAAGUGAGCGGCUACUGCAGGAGUGUCACCCUGGUGGCCUACACGGCGGCCUCGGUGCUGGCCCAGCUCCUGGUAUCCCUGGCCAGCCUAUCGUACUUUCACCUCAACGUCAUAUCCUUGGCCUCUGUCUGUGUGGCCCUUCUUUUCUCCCUGUUCCUACCAAUGCCUGAGAAGAGCAUGUUUUUUCAUGUACAACCCAGCAAAGAAGUACAAAAGCCACCAAACAACACCGCAGUGUUAGAUGAAACUUACAAGGUUCCCACACCAGGUGGUGAAGAGAAACCCACUUCAGAAAUACCCACCAUUUCAGGGACCCUGGAGGGUCGGCGGGUGAGCAAUCUGGUGCCAAGAAAUGUCGCCUUGAGAGUUUUUGUACAGUGGUUCCAAGAUUUGAAGGGAUGCUACUCCUCACAUCAUCUUUUUUACUGGUCUCUGUGGUGGGCCUUUUCCACAGCAGGUUUUAACCAAAUUUUGAACUAUGUUCAAAUCCUGUGGGAUUACAAGGCACCAUCCCAAAAUUCUUUUAUCUAUAAUGGGGCAGUAGAAGCUGUUGCAACCUUUGGAGGGGCCGUGGCUGCCUUUGCCGUGGGCUUUGUGAAAGUCAACUGGGAUCUCCUGGGAGAGUUGGCUCUAGCGAUCUUCUCCAUCAUUAGUGCAGGCUCUCUGUUUCUCAUGCAUUACACAACCAACAUCUGGGUAUGCUAUGCUGGCUAUUUAAUAUUCAAGUCCAGCUAUAUGCUUCUUAUAACCAUAGCAGCAUUUCAGAUUGCAGUUAAUCUGAGUGUGGAGCGCUAUGCCCUGGUGUUUGGAAUGAACACCUUCGUGGCCCUGGUGAUCCAGACCAUUAUGACAGUGAUCGUAGUAGAUCAGAAAGGACUCAACCUGCCUAUCAGCAUUCAGUUUUUAGUUUAUGGGAGUUAUUUUGCAGUUAUUGCUGGCAUUUUUCUAAUGAGAAGCAUAUACAUCAUCUGCUCAACCAAGUUCCAAGAGCAGCCACAGAGCUCUGCUACAUGUCAGAAUCCAGCUGAGCCCCACCCAGACGGACCCAGGAAUGUCAACAUGGAAACAAAGCUCUAACCUUAUGGCAACCACUGCAUCCACUGAGAAAGGACCCGCCUGGUCACAAAGUCACCGAGUGACCCAAAAUGACACACUUCCUAAGUCUGGAUUUCAAGGAACCUUUUCAAAACCCCAACAAAAUAUCGGUUUUAGACCAGAUGUCUAUGUGCCCAGCUGGAUGCAUUCAACAGGUCCCGUCACCUCAGUCAAACAGUCUGUGCUGGGGACCCCAGGGAGUAGCAAGGACUGGGAAAUUCUGGUUCUGAUUACUCUUUAAGACAUGCAAAUGGCAUGGAAACAAACCAUGAGAAACUCCAGCCGUUCUGGAGUUGAUGUUCCCAACUCCAGGGCAGAAAUACUAACUAGAUUCACCUUGUUGCUUGGCUCCCAUCUUUGUUUUAUCUUGCUGAAACUGGCAAGAGAGGGGACAUUUUUUGUCACAUGGCCAUUUUCCUUCUUCUUCUAUUCAGUAUAUUUCUAUAUAGCAUGCAGUUCUCUGAGGGAAUUUCAAGGUUUGGUCCCAUUUCUGAGGAUCCCUCUUCAAUCCUGAUAACAUGGCAUUAUUCACAAGCUAAAAUUUGGUAAUAUCACCAUUUAAUUCGGUCAUGAUUAUUUUUCGCUUUGGGUUCUGCUGAGCUUUGUUGUUAAAAAUCUACCUCAGGAAUAGCUCCAGACGUUCCUGGAUAUCCACAGAAUGACAUUCAAGUCAAUUCCUCGUGACCAUAGGGGAGACAACGGGCUUUCUCCCUACCAUGACCCCAGACAGGUGUUUUAAUGCUGUGUCCGUGUGAUCUCUGUGUAAAACAGAGAAACUUAACUAGAAAUUUCUAGGACUUUUUAAGUAUUUUUAAGUAAGAAAAUACUAAUAGGGUGGGGGAAACGCCUAAUUUUUAAAGGGCAGUGCUUGUGCCAAAUAAAAUAAUGUGGGCAAAAAUAUUAAAGAGUCUUUCUAAUUUUUGGAUGAAUUGUGCUGAGAAUCAUCUGUGCUUGUCCUUUGCAACUUCAAUAGAAGACAGAUUGAGCAGUCUGCCAUGGAAAUAUAGAAUGCCCAUUCAAGAUUUGUGUUUCAGAUAUACUUUUCUCCAAAUUCUAAAAUCCGAUCACUGGACUGAAAAUAAAACUCAGCCCCAAAGCCAACAUUUACUUACUAGGGAAAAGUAAUGAUAUUGCUACUUCUAGCAAAACCAAGGAAAGGAUGACCACUAUUAUUCUUCCUAUUUAAUUGGUUGGACUAGUGGUAUAAGCCAACAGAGACAAGCAAAAAAAUGAGCAGUGAAAAACUGUACUAGAGGAGGCAAAAUUAUCAUUAUUCCAGAGACUACAAGCAUACACCCAGAAGACUCAACUAAAAACUAAGAUCACAGUAUAGAAAGUAAAUAUAUAGCAAUCAACAGCCUUCGUGGUACAACAGCCAUUUAGAAGAUGCGUGGGACUUACAGACCUGAGUUAUGGUAGGACAAAAAUAAUACAACAGUAAUUAUAUUUAAUCUAUUUAGUAAUUUAAUAAAUGUGUAAGGCAUAUAUGAAUAUGCCUGGCAAACACUUCUGAAGAUUACAAAAUAACACCUAAACAUAUAGAAAGGCCUAUCUUGUCCUUGGUUAGGAAGAAAAAUUAUAUAAAGACAUCAUGCUUUCUAAAUAAGUUUGUAAGUUAAAUCCUAUACCAGAGGAAAAAAUACAUUUUUUUUUUCAGGACUCGUAAGGGUGAUGCUACAUUUUAUUUGGAAACCUAACAAAGAAGAACCAAGAAAAUGCUUUGUCAAGGGAAAAUGAGAUUAAAUUAUUUGCAGAGAAUAACAUGCUACACUAAACUCUUAACUACAAAAACAUAGCAACAUGAAGAGACAGUCCACUGGAAUAGAGUAGAAAGUUCUGAUUUAGUCCCUAGUUUAUAUGGGAUUUUGGACUAUGAUAAAGAUACCAUCUUAUACAAAGGAAGAAAAAAUGGAAUAUUUAAUAAGAUUGGCAGAAUUUUUUUCAAAGAAAAAUAAAUUGGGUGCAAAAGUGAUAAAAUAACUUUAUCAAUAUGCAGUAUAUAUAUUGGUACACAGAUAUAAAAAAUGAAACCACAAAAAUAGUAGAAAAAACACAUAAACACUAUUUAUAACCUCAAACCUUUCUAAAG